AUGUCCAAAGUGCAAAUCCCGCCGUCCACGGCUACAGUUCAGGUAUCCAUCGUAGACACCACAUUUGGCGGUUAUGCGCCCACUGCCCAUUUCAUGGGUCCCCCAAUCGAUGGUUUCGAAACUUUUCGAGCCGUUGCUUAUGCCUUUGUCAUUACUCACACUGAUGAAAAGGGCACGGAGCGGAGAGUCGUCUUUGAUUUGGGUACUCCGAAGGAUCUGGUGAACGACUUCCCACCUGCUGUGGCGGCGCAGCUUGCACAACUUAGUUCCAACUUGACGGUUGCCAAAAACACAUCAGACGUUCUUAGUCAAGGAGGACUCGAUCUGGAAAGCAUUGAAGCCCUUAUUUGGAGUCAUGCGCAUCCAGAUCACGUUGGACGUCCAUCAUUGUUUCCAUCUUCUUGCGACUUGCUUGUCGGUCCUGGAAUCAAACAAGCCUUCUUCCCAGGCUGGCCCACCAUUGCUGAGUCACCAGUUCUAGAGCGCGAGUUUCAGGGACGACAAGUGCGCGAGGUCGAUUUCAGUAGUUCUAAUCUCAAAAUUGGCGGCUUGGGAGCGGUGGAUUACUUUGGUGACGGCAGCUUUUAUCUACUCGAUGCACCUGGCCAUGCGAUAGGGCACAUGAAUGCUCUUGCCCGCACCACUUCUGACACUUUUAUCCUCUUGGCUGGUGACUCAUUCCACCACGGAUCUGAGCUACGUCCCCAUCCGGGCGCAGCUCUACCCGAGUCUGUCUCUUUCCAAGGAGGAAAAUGUUGUGAUACUGCGGUAUUCAAGUCAAUCCAUCCCAACACUAGCGGCAUCGAGGUUCCAGAACGUUACGUCAAGGCCCUGCAGCAUCCACAUGGCGGAUGCUCCCAGGUGCCUUUUCAUACCAUUUCGCAGAAAGCCACAGGCGAGACGUUAUCUCACGAUAUUGAGGUCACUCGUGAGACUCUCCGUGCUAUCCAGGGAUUUGAUGCGGAUCCGAACAUCUUUGUCAUUGCAGCGCAUGAUGCCACGCUGUACGAUGUCUUGGAAUACCUUCCCAAGCUUGCCAAUGACUGGCAAAAGAAGGGUUGGAAAGCUCAAACUCGGUGGUAUUUUCUAGAAGACCUGAUGCCGACUUUUAACGGCACCGGUAGACUUGAAUAG